CUUCUCCAUCUAUUCAAUUAGACAAUGUUGAGUCUUCUGAAGCUGACUGUCAGGAUUCACUGUGGAUGUCUGAAUGGACAUCAGUGCAAUGGUCAGAUAAAUAAGAAAAAUUUAAAAGACUUUACUGUGCUGAUGGAAAAAUUGGAUGUGAUAUAUGCAGAAAUGUGAGUAAAUUAAAAACCCCUCGAAAGAUUGAAAUAUCUCAAGAAUGGGCAACAUGUGAAAUUGAUGGAAGAACAAAUACUAACAAGAAAACUUGCCUCACUGUUUUAAAAAACAAACUUAAAAAAUAUUUUAAAUCCAAGCACACAAAUCUGCUGUUCAAAUAUUAGACAAUGAAGACAAGAAUAUGUUGUCCAAGCUUAUGGAAGAAAAGGAUUAUCAGAUAAACAAAGCUACACAUUCUAUUUUCAACACUGCUUAUUAUAUAGCAAAAUAUAACCGUCCAUUUGAUGAUCAUUUAAAACUAGUGCAAUUACAGGAACUAAAUGGUAUAAAAUUAGGGUUUGCCCUCCAUUCUAGACACUCAUCUACCAAUAUUCUUCAACAUAUUUCUAAAGAAAUGAAACACAAAAUUAUUAAAAAUAUUAUUGACACAAAUGCAAAAUGUUCCAUUCUAAUUGACGAAUCAACUACACUCAGUGAUUAAUGUAGCAUGGUUGUUUAUUUAAAAGUAUCAAUAUCGAAUAAUGAACCUCUUUUUAUUUUUCUAGACUUGGUUGAGUUAAAAAAUCAAACCGCAGAAAAUAUUUUAAGUCAAUUAAUUAACUGCUUACAUACAUCAGGGCUUGAUGAAAACUAUUUACAACAACAUUGGGUGUCCUUUGUAAGCCACGGAGCAAGCAUUUUGUUGGGUAAAAAAAAUAGUAUUGUUAAAAAACUCAAGGAUAAGUACCCACUUAUCUUUAGUUGGCACUGUAGGAAUCAUCGUCUUGAAUUCGCAGUUAAUGAUUCACUCAAAGAUGUAAGCGCUGCAAAUCACUUCAAAUGUUUUAUAGACUCACUUUAUGUUCUAUAAAAUGCAUCCUCUAAAAAUCAAAUUGAAUUAAGAGAAAUUUGUCAUGAUUUAGAUGUUUUGUUUUUAAAAAUUGGUUGGGUUGCUAGUAGUUGGAGAGCAGUAAAUGUCCAUGGAAAAUAUUUCUUGUAUUUUAUAAAAAUUUGUAUACUGCGUCCAAUGAUUCCAAUAGAGAUUCGAAAACUAAGAAUAAGUACCAAGGACUUCUUAAAAAAUUAGCUAGCCCUGAAUUUGUUAAUGAUUUAGCUAUUAUGUGUGAUGUCCUUCAGGAAUUAUCCAACUUAUCAACUAAAUUUCAAAGUCGCACUAUUACAUUGAUUCAAGCUGAACAAUCUAUAAAGAGAUGUAUAAGGGUUAUAACUUCUUUUAAAACUAAUAAUGGUAAUUAUAUGCACCAAGCUGUAGUUGCAAUAAAAGAUAUGAAGUUCAAAAAUAUUGAUUUAACUUCAAACAAAAAAAUGAUAAGCAUAAAUAAAAAUCAGUUUUUAACAAAUAACUUAAAAUCAAGACUUCUUGACAAUGACGGUGAAAAUAAAAUUAUUUUGAAAAAUAUUUUAGUGUUGGAAAAAUCAACUUGGCCUGAGGACCCAGAUAUUUGA